UGCUGCUGCUCUUGUGCUCCUCAACUCCUCCCCUGGUAAGUAUUGUUUCUGCUAGUUAGCUUAGGGCUUGAUUUGGUGAGAAAAACAACUAAGUGGAGUUAUCUUUCCUUCUAUCAUAGAUUCACAGCAAGCACCAUGUCCUCCCAGCUUGAGAUAUCCCAAGUUGUUCGAUCAGCUCAAGCUGCAGAAGAAGCUGAUGAGCACUAUGACCCAUUCAAAGAUCCUAAGAGGAGGCCAACAAAGAGCAAGGAUCCAGCAUGGAAAUAUGCAUUCUGGCCAGAUCUUAACAAGAGAUUGUUGCUGCAAUGUAAUUUGUGCGGCAAGCAAAUUACCUCUGGACCUUGUAGGAUGAAGAAACACCUUGCUGGGGGGUUUACAAUUGUGAGUAUGUGCACCAAAACAACCCCUGAAAUUCGAAAGGAGAUGCACGACUACUUGAGGACUCACUCAUUCAGUUUCGAAAAUCUUGAUGGAGAUGAAGGUGGUGAAGAAGGUGCUGAACAAGAGAAGUGUGCAGCAAGUUCAAGAGCUUCCAACUCCAACUCCAACGCCUCCACCAAAAGGAAAUCAGAGGGGACUACUCAUUUGGCAACGACGGUGGCAAAGAAGCAAGGAAAGUCCAUUGCAGAUCAGAUUCGGAAGACACCGGAAGAGGUGGUUGCUGAGAGACAUAUGUUAAAGGGCACUCAAAAGACCAUGAAGGAUUACAGCAAGAAGACAAAGGAGCAAAAAGAUGAAGUAGAUGGUCAUGUAGCUGACUUUUUGUAUGAGAAUUGCCUUCCACUCAAUAUUGUUAAUUCAAGGAGUUGGGGGAUUCUAUUGGAGUCUAUAGGGCAGUAUGGCUCUGAUUAUAUAUCUCCUACUUAUCAUCAAGUGAGGGAACCAUUGCUUGAGAAGGCAAAGAUCAAGACCGACAACUUGAAAGGGAAGCAUGAAGUUGCAUGGAAAGAAUAUGGUUGCUCACUCAUGUCAGAUGGCUGGACGGACAUGACCGGGCGGCACUUGAUCAACUUCCUUGUCAAUAGUCCAGAAGGUACCUUCUUCUUAGGGACAGCCAAUGUUUCUUCUGAAACAGUUGAUGCAAAUCUGGUGGCAAAGCUGUUGAGCGAACAAAUUGAUGCAAUUGGCCCUGAAUUGGUAGUCCAAGUAGUUAGCGAUAAUGGGUCUAACUACAAGGCAGCCGAUAGACUUCUAAUGGAAAAGUAUCCUACAAUGUAUUGGACACCUUGUGCUGCCCACUGCUUGGAUCUUAUGCUAGAGGACAUUGGGAAGAUCAAAGAGUUCAGCCGUUGCAUUGCUAAAGCAAAGAGAACAACCAGAUUUAUUUAUGCCCAUGGAAAGCUUCUUGAUUUAAUGAGAAGCUUGAAUGGUAAGCAAGAAAUUGUGAGGCCUGGAGCAACUCGUUUUGCUACGUCAUUCCUUACUUUGGCAAGCAUGUGGAAGCAAAGGCAAACCUUGAAAACUCUCUUUGUUAGCCCACAAUGGUAUGCAAACAGAUUAAAGGACAGCGAAGGAGGGAAGGCGGCUGAAGCAACUGUGAUCUCCGUGUCAUUUUGGCAAUCGGUGGAGCAUUGCAUGAGAGCUUCACAACCACUUCUUAGAGCUUUGAGGAUCGCUGAUGGUGAUGAGACUCUGGCUAUGGCAGAAAUGUGGGCAGCCAUGGAUUUUGCAAAGACACACAUAAAGGAAGCUUUGGCACAUAAGCCAAACCUCCUAGGUCAAGUGGUAGCUAUUGUUGAUAAGAGGUGGGAUAAACAGAUGGAACAAAAGCUACAUGGGGCUGCUUUGUUCUUGAACCCAAAUAAAUUCUUUGCCAUUAAGGAGUCCAACAGAAGACAAGCUGCCCGUCUCCGUUCAAUGUUCAAUGAUGUGCUAUGGAAGAUGGUGCCCGAUGAUGAGCAGCAAGCAACUAUUAGUAGGGAAGCUGACGACUAUGAGCUGGGGAGUGAAUGUUUCUCGAAGCCAUUGUCAAUUAAAGACCGUGACAAAAAAAGCCCUCGUAAGUAUAAAUUUUAUGGCAGCUUGUGUCUUCUUGUUCAGCUCAGUUACUCCACUAAUUGCUGGUUAUUGUGGCCUUCUCUUUAAUGUGGGACUUCUUGGUUUUGUAGUUCUUUGGUGGAAUGCUUAUGGUGGCCUUGCUUUUGACCUCCAAACUCUUGCAAAGCGAAUCAUUAGUCUAUGUUGUUCAGCAUCUGGCUGCGAGCGCAAUUGGAGUGUAUUUGCUCAUAUCCACACCAAAGGGAGAAACCGUCUAGAGUACAAGAGAUUGAACAAGCUAUCAUAUG